GACACUAUUUCUGGGUCAUGGAUAGUAACAGGAUGCCUGGACCUGCCCAUGGGAUAACAGACGUGUGGGGCGUCCCUUCUCCCAUCGACACCGUCUUCACCCGCUGCAACUGCCAGGGCAAGACAUACUUCUUCAAGGUACAGCACACCUUCUGUGUAACAUUAAACAUAAGCUACCCAAAGGAAAUGGCAGGAUUUCCAUUCUCAGUCACACUUCAAGUCAGUGCCAUCUGUUCAACAGGCCUAAAAUGUGACUAUCCUAAGCCUAUUGUGUGCUAUAAGACUUCUAUACUACAUUAAGUGGAGGUGAUGGACAGAAAAAUAUUGUUUAUUUAUUUGUGUGCUGUCCCCUCUGCUGCAGGGUGCUAACUACUGGAGGUUUGAGAACGGCAUGAUGGACAUGGGCUACCCCAAGCUGAUCAGGGUGGGCUUCAAUGGGCUGCAAGGUCAGAUCACGGCUGCCCUGUCUGUGCCUGAGUACCGCAAGAGGAAAGAGUCUGUCUACUUCUUCAAGAGAGGUGACUGAUCUCUAUAGCCAAACUACUUCAGUGGAGGCUGCUGAGGGGAGGAUGGCUCAUAAUAAUCAGCCAAUCAGCAUUCAGGGCUCGAUUCACACAGUUUAUAAGUGACAUUAUAAACUGGGUGGUUCGAGCCCUGAAUGCUGAUUGGCUGACAGCCGUGGUAUAUCAAACCGUAUACCACGGGUAUGACGUUGGUAACCAUUUUAUAAUCGCAAUAAGGCACCUCGGGGGUUUGUGGUAUAUGGUCAAUAUACCAUGGCUAAGGGCUGUAUCCAGGCACUCCGCGUUGCGUAGUGCAUAAGAACAGCACUUAGCCAUGGUAUAUUGGCCAUAUACCACACCCCCUCGGACCUUAUUGCUUAAUUAUACCAUGGCAUUGUUGGAUACUCGUUUCUGAUUGGCUUGAAGGGCAUUCUAGAGCGUGCAUUAUUUCAGUAUUACGCACGGUAUAUCAGCGCGGUAGAAUUCAAUGGCUAUAGUUCAUUCUUACAUGUUCUAUGUUUGAGCUGCUUUUGAAAGCAAAAGUCAAAUUGAAAUUAUUAUUAGCAUUGUUGAAUUCAAUUUUUGGUUUGGUUAGCUAAACUAGCAAAUCUGUUUGUUUGGUUACCAAGGCAACUACUGUAGUAAACUUGCUAGCUACUUCAGUGGAUGUUAAACACAUUUAUACCUGCAAAUAAACACAUUUCUAGCAGCAACUGUGUUAAAUUAUAGCCAUGGUUUAAAAGGGAUAAUAAACUCAGGCUCACUCCUUCCACAUCGUUCAUUAACCCCUGAUAUGCUCUGUUUAAUAAAUACAUGGGAUGAUUUUUUAUUGCUAAAGCCAGUGAUAACAGAUUUACUUAGGUUUCUACCAUCUCUGGUAAAGCAUAACAUUAACAAGCAUGCUCAUGCCAUCUGUAGUAUCCUGAGUUAGCAUGUGUGAUAUCUGUAUGAUUGUCUAUUCAGGAGGCUUGGUGCAGAAGUAUUCCUACCAGUCUGGCACCAGCCCUACAUGUGGCAGGAAGGUCCACUACUCUGCUUAUACCGUACAAAACCGCGUUGCCAGACAAGCAGGUAACGAGCCGCCUACAUUUUGACCUUUUCAGUCCUUUCACUGAACAUUUUGUCAGACUGAGGUAGUGGUGAAAACCUGAAAAACUUGUCAUAUAAUAUUAGGUAAGGUUAUAUUUGAGUUGAGCCACAUUUUGUUAUCUAUAAAGAUGUGUCACAGAGAGAGAGAUCCUACUCGGAGAUGAAAGACUGAGAAAGAGGAGGGAAAAAGGUACACUAUGUUAACAGGUCAUUCAGGGACAUCAAACAGAACACAGAUUGUGUGGGUGCAGAAUCAGAUUGUAGUGGAGUGUCACAACAACAAUGUUUUUUUAAUGAGUCACUAAAAGUAAACGGACAGACUGCAAUGACGCACAAUUCAGUCCAUGACAUUUUACUCUAACAAUCAGACUCCUAGACCAUAAACUCUUCAUUUCAAAUAUCACACCAUCGUCAGUCUCUAAACUGAACUGUGUCUCUCCUCUCAGUGUCUCUGCUGGGACAGGAGAUCAACAUCCGUCUGACCUGGAGAGGAUUCCCCUCCACCGUGACCUCCGCCGUGUCCAUCCCCACCUCCAGGAAACCUGAGGGAUACAACUACUACCUCCUCUCACGC